AAAAAAACAUUGUAAUAAGAGUUUGAGGCAUGUAUGGCUUUAGAAAUAUCCUCAUACAAUACCUCUACCUCCUCGUCGGGAUGUGUCGAGGUCGGUGCGUAAACCUGUAUAACCUUCAACGAAUACCGUUUGGUAAUUCGGAGGACCAGGAACGCUACCCUGCUCGACACACUCUCGACUUUUACAACAUUGUUCACGAGGGACUUGUGAACGAUAAAUCCGACACCACCCUGGGACUGUUGGUCGCCCUCCCGGUAGUAGAGCAUGUUGCCGGAUUCAAGGAUUAUCGAGCCCUCCCCCUCUCUUCGGACUUCAGACAAUCCUAUGACAUCCCAGUGCAACUUGCUCAUAACUUCUUCCAGCUCGAUGACCUUUUCGUCGGACCUCAAAGUGCGUGCGUUGUAUGUUGCCAGGUCUAGUCGUCGGGGUUGGCAGCGGAAUCUCUGCCGGAGAUUCUUAACACCCCUUGCCCCGCCGUUACCGUAACCGCUGCCAGAGCCAGGAAUAGCGGGGCUGCCGGGGACUAGGGGCUGUGUUAUAUUUGUUCGGUCCAUACAAAGUUUUGCCCGAUACUGACCACGCUGGGCAUGCGGGUUAGUCAGCGCAGUGCUAGAUUAUUCGCGCCGAUGUCGCUGCUGCCCGACACCGGCCUGAGGCAUUUCUUAAUCUAGCCUGUGGGAAUGGAUAUACCGCCAUUCGUCGGUCGCCAGAGCCUCGUCGGUCCAUCUGCAGGGUGCACCACGAGCAGGUGAGGUUGACAAUUGGGGAGACAGACUGGUACUAGCCUCCCCCUUACACCCCAUACGUAUGAAUAAUAUUAAACACUAAAAAGACAUGGCUAUUAAGCCGAUAGUAAAAUUGAAUUUGAAUACCUACAUGGAUUUGUUAUGAAUUUUAUAAAAAUGAUUUAAACCAUAGAUUACGAUUUAAGAGUAGUCUAAGAGAGAGAGUAGGUAAAGAGUACCUAAUGGUGAUGGCCUUCAGUUGUGGUCUGUGGUGAUGGCUGUACGAUGUAAUACCUUUGUCUUAUCCCCAUAGGCAAAAUAAAGGGGAAAAAAAAAAUAAAUUCGAUUAGAUUCGAGAUUCGAUUCCUUUUCUCUUUUCCGCGCUUUUUUUCUGAAAAGUCGACUCAACUGUCGUUCUCACCCAUUAAAUCCAAAAAUUUAAAUUGUAAAUAUUGGUUAAAACGCUGAUCAACACUACGCUAAAUGUCACAAUUCCAUACUCCAGCUCCAAGUCCAACUGACGGACUAAAUAAAUUUUUGGCGAUAAAAAUUCAUAGAAUAAAAAUGGCAUUCCUUAAUAAUAGAGGUUUAAGUGAAAAUAACAAUGAAAUUAUUGACAAACUAAAGGACUUCAUACGCACGUCAGAAGUGGAGAGAGUGUUUCGUGCAGUAGAUCGCACGGAGUAUGUGACUCCAGGGUAUGAGGUGGAAAUCCACGUGGUCUCGGACUGGAAGAAUGGGCUGCUGCAUCUAUCGGCGCCACAUAUUUAUUGUGAGGUGAUGGAGUUCCUAGAGCUGAAGCCGGGCCUCUCGUUCUUGAACAUUGGAUCAGGUACCGGGUACCUCAGCACGAUGGCUGGGCUGAUACUGGGUUCUUCAGGAAUAAAUCACGGGGUGGAGGUGCAUCCAUCUGUUGUCGAGUAUGCCUUGAAGAAAAUAUGCCAGUUCUAUGAAAGCUCCACUGAACUGGAUUCAUCUGACUUUUGCGAGCCCAAGUUUUAUCAAGGUAAUGCGCUGUGCAUAAACCCUCUGGAAUCGGCCUAUGAUCGGGUGUACUGUGGUGCUGCUUGCCCACCCGACUAUGAAGAUUAUUUUAAGAGCCUCGUCAAAGUGGGAGGCAUACUGGUGAUACCGUUAAACGGCAAGCUGCAGCAAUUGCGGCGUGCGGGGCCGCAGAGCUGGACCUCGCGCAUCUUUCGUAACGUCAAAUGGGCCACGCUGUGCGUCCCCAGCGCGGAGGAGGCCGCCAGCCCCAUCACACUGGAUGAGCUGGUGCCAGUCCGGCUGAAGUACCUGGCGCGCGCGGCGGUGCGCACGGCGAUGCGCGGCGGAGUGCAGCGGCGCCAGCUCGAGGGGCGCCAGCUCGAGGAGGGGCGCCAGCUCGAGCCGCCACCCGCGCCGUCCGCGGACGCCUCGGAAAGCAAGCGCUCCACUUCCCGCUCGCGCUCCACCUCCAGCUCGCACUCCUCCUGCAGCUCGCGCUCCUCCUCCAGCUCGAGCUCCACGUCCAGCUCGCGCUCCACUUCCAGCUCGCGGUCCAGCUCCCCGUUCUAUCGACGGAGGAUAGAUACCCCGACUAGGCAGAGGAAGAUCGAGCACGAUAAGGCAGGAGCGCUUCGCUUGCACCACUCCUGCCUCAUGAAGCGAGCCGUGCACGAGCUGCCGCUGCCUUACGAACUUAAGAAGUUCGUGAAUCUGGGGCGCUCCUUGGAGGACUAGGACAUUCAAGACGAGAACGCGCUAAAGUUAGAAGCUAAUCAUUUCUAUUUGUCGAUGUUGGAGUAAUAAUAAAAUAUAUACUAUUUAAAGGAUCUCACGAAGAAUGCUUUAAGAAUUUGAUGGAGGUGAGGGAGUGAGUUUAUUUCUAUUUAAUGUUAUGAAUUUGUAUAGACUGAAAUAAUUAUUAUUUGUUAGUGAUUUAUUAUUUUAUAUAGAUUUUGAUUAUUAUCAUUUUGUUAAAUAAACCUAUAUAGUUAAAUUAAGUUUAGUGCAAAAUACAUUUUUACAGUUAUUGUUUAAGUAUUCGCGUACACUACACCUAAGUUAUUUACUAUCUUGUCAUACUAAUUGCAUUGUAAGUAGAGUUUCUGUAGUAUUAGCUGAUGGUCCAAGAGCUAGUAGAUUAUUAUGAUAACACACUUUCACUAUUGACAAACUUCAACAUGUUCCGCUGGCUCGUGGACUAUACUAUGGGCGCCAUAGGUUCUCACGUGUGCACAUUUGAACAUAUCCUCUGGCUGGUUUAUCAAUUGUUUGAUAACCGACGUAGAGAAAAAGACAUAUUGUCGACCAAUAGUGGCUGGGUUGUCCCAGUCCCAUCUCUCUCUCCCCAACCCUAUGAAAUAAAGAGCCACUCUACCACUAAUGGUCAACAUAUCUUGUUUUUUGCUCGUCUCGUUAUAUAUCGAGUUACGUAUCUAAGACUGCUUACUUGAAAAUCAGUUCGAAAUCCCAAGUGUGUACUAGUAUCGCAUCAUUGUUAUACUAGAUAAUAUAGUUUAUUUAUUUAUUCAAAAUGAAUUUAUUCUCCAAUCGUUUAAACAGGUUUAGAAUGUAGGUAUAAGUAUAAUCAUUAAACGGGUAAUUUUAUAAACAAAAUUGGAGCAACAUGGAUCUCAAAUUCAAUAAAUUAGUUCAAAUAUUUUUACAAUUAUACUAUAAAUCUAAUUUAUUGUUGAAGUUAUCCUCAUAAUAUAAUAUAAAAUCUAAGGAUCAAUAUUUUAGUCGUCACAAUUGAUACCUGACAUGAUCUAACAUUUGGUUUGGUUAUUUGUUUUAUGCAUGCUACAAUGGAAUAGAUUGUCACAAAACUGUGGCUCAGGUAGCUUGGACCCUGCCUGUGUACUAGGAUCCUCUAUCUUUCAGAAGUUAUGUAAAUAUUAAUAAAAGAAUACACUGCAUUUUUAAAAAACUUAAAAUCCUUUAGAGCAUCGUGGUUUUAUAAUAUCUACAAAAAAAAAGUUUGCCAUUCGCAUGGUUUUUUGCCAUUUGUAGAACAAUUGCCUAGAAAUCUUCUGGACAAACCAUCAUUAAUAAUAGUUACUAAUAUGUGUCGUAUUACUUGUUGUUGUACUAAUAAUAGUUAAUAAUGGUUACUAGUAUGUGUAUAGUUACCGAUAUAAUAUGGUCAGGAUUUUUUUGGGCAGACCGCGACCUACUCGCAAUAUAUCUUUUAAUAUACUAAAUUAUAUAUAUAACACUUCAACCAAUAUAUAUAUAUAUAUGGAGGCAGGUCGUUGUAAUUCGAAUCAUAUACUGAUAGUCUGAACCUUGUCUAUAAUAAACAUGGCGGUAACGUACGUAGCCGAUACCAGUAAGUGUAAUCGAACUUUGCUAUGUGUUUGUAUGUAUCUAGUCAACCAAGUCAAUCUAGUCAUAUAUUAUAUGGCUGAAUCUUAUUAUUCAGUUCAGAGGUUAACUUUUCGACUAUGAUCAGAAUGAAUGAGACUAGGAAUGUGUUAUGACAUGUCAUGCCCCGGGAGCCAGAAGUGCCUCUCGGGCGGGUGUCGCGUUACCCUGCGACUGUAUCGUUACCCUGCGACUGUCGCGUUACCCUGCGACUGUCGCCUGCGCUCGGCUGCUCGCGGUGUGCCACUGUGCGUGUGCACUGUGCGUAGUGUAUACAACGGAGAGUCAUCACUUUGUAUAUAUUGAUGUAAAUAUUGCUGUAGGCAGUCAUUUGUUCUUGUUGCUGUUACAUGACUUUAUUAUAGAGCAUGAUUUAGUUGCUGCCGAUUAUUAUUAUUGAUUAUAAACUGGCGUGCGAGGCUCGAGAGAAACUUUGUAUAAAAUACUUCACUUGAGGCCAGUGUAUUAUAUAUUCAAUGUAUUUUAUUUAGUUUUUGAUAUGGUUUAUAUAAAAUAUGUGAAACUGUCCCA